UUUUUUCAUAGGCUGGUGUCAGAUCACUUACUGUGAUCUCAUUCCUGGCUGUGAAUGAGCCCCCUUUGUAAGUGAUGCUUCUAUGAAAGUCUUUGAAGAAUUUAUACAGUUGGCUGUUUUGAUUUUUUUUUUUAUCUCCUGUCUCAAGUUUUUAAUCUUUGCUAUAUUGAGCUAUUUGGUUUCUUAAUGCACUUCCUAAAGUAGGGGCUGAGUCACUGUCACAGGGCAAUGCCUGUCCUUUCCUGAAGAUUCAGCAAAAACGAUGGGGCAUUAAUUAAAAGCCUGUUAAUCCUUCUCAUCGACUUUCUACUAGGACAGAGCUUCAUAAUCAUUGUUAUGGAAGUAUUGUCAAUGAGACUUAAAAUGGAAGCUCUGAUCUUUAAGGACUAUGUAGCAAGUUUUGUAAGCACAAGGUCAUUAACCACUGCAUUUCAAUUUAGGUAAUUGCAUUCUACCUACUUAAAUCCCCCUCCCCUGAAGAUUAUUUUUCCUUCCAUGAGCAGUCCUGCGAUUUUGUUAUGUGCUAUUAAACAACUGCCAUAUUCUUUUGCUGCAGUGCAGUAUGAGGAGAAAGAACCACUUAUAUCCCUGCUUUAAAAUCACUUCUGGAUGCAUAUGAGUGUAUAAAUGUGUAAUGCUGUUACUGCAAAAACUGUAGACUCCGAGUCCCUUUUAAGAUAGGGACAAGUUCCAUGUGAACCUUGUGGUGUUUGUCCUCAAAGAGAGUACUGUGCUUUUUACCAUAGUGCUGUGUGGUGAAAAGCAGCCUGAUGCUUUGAAGUUAGGUGAUUACGUAUUUCUGGGGUGGCCUUACAUACAGUGCAAAUGAAUGCUUGAAUUGUCCUAAUUUAUUGGGGAGCAGAUUGUUUUAAAAAUCCUGAUUAACGUUUUUAGAUCCAGGUAACUGCUGUGAUUGCAGUGCAAUGCACACCUGAAGCCUGGCUUGGCUCCUGCUAAGUGUGCCUAUCCAAAAGGUGUCUGGCAUGGUGCAGCAUGUAAGCAGCCUGCCAAGCAGUUUGUUGAGGUUGAUCUCUGUGUUGAUUAACAGGCAGAAGUUUGACCGCUCUGAGUUGUAGACCAUGGGGCUGUUACAGCUACAAUGUUAAUGGAGUCAGUAUUUGAGCCUAGCGCAAGCUUACCUCAGCCAUGAUGCUUUCACAGAAGUUUUCCUUGACUCUUUUCCACCUGGUUUGAAUGCGUCAGCAUGAUGGUGAUUUUGUUAAACUGCGUUACCCUGGGGAUGUACCAGCCGUGUGAGGAUAUGGACUGCCUUUCUGACAGGUGCAAAAUCUUGCAGGUGUUUGAUGAUUUCAUCUUCAUUUUCUUUGCCAUGGAAAUGGUCUUAAAGAUGGUGGCCCUGGGGAUCUUUGGCAAGAAGUGUUACCUUGGAGAUACCUGGAACCGCCUGGAUUUCUUCAUCGUCAUGGCUGGGAUGGUGGAGUACUCCCUGGAUCUCCAGAACAUUAACUUGUCUGCAAUCCGUACUGUUCGUGUCCUGAGACCCCUGAAAGCUAUCAACCGCGUGCCUAGCAUGCGCAUCCUUGUGAACUUGCUCCUGGACACCUUGCCCAUGCUGGGGAAUGUCCUUCUUCUCUGCUUCUUUGUCUUCUUCAUCUUUGGCAUCAUUGGGGUGCAGCUGUGGGCUGGGCUGCUCCGCAACCGCUGCUUCAUGGAGGAGAACUUCACAAUACAAGGUGACAUUGUCCUUCCCCCUUAUUACCAGCCUGAGGAAGAUGAUGAGAUGCCCUUUAUCUGCUCAUUGUCAGGAGACAAUGGAAUUAUGGGCUGUCACGAGAUACCCCCACUGAAAGAGCGGGGCCAUGAAUGUUGUUUGGACAAGGAUGAUUAUUAUUAUUACAACUCGGUCCGGCAAGAGUUCAACAUCAGUGGCAUGUGUGUCAACUGGAACCAGUACUACAAUGUGUGCCGUACAGGCAAUGCCAACCCACACAAGGGUGCCAUCAACUUUGACAACAUCGGGUAUGCCUGGAUUGUGAUAUUUCAGGUUAUCACACUGGAAGGGUGGGUGGAGAUCAUGUACUAUGUGAUGGAUGCCCAUUCCUUCUACAAUUUUAUCUACUUUAUUUUGCUGAUAAUCGUGGGCUCCUUCUUCAUGAUCAAUUUGUGCCUGGUGGUCAUUGCCACACAGUUCUCAGAGACCAAGCAGCGGGAGCACCAGCUGAUGCAGGAGCAGAGGGCCCGGUACCUCUCCUCCAGUACUGUUGCCAGCUACAUGGAGCCAGGAGACUGCUAUGAGGAGAUCUUCCAAUACAUCUGCCACAUAAUGCGCAAAGCCAAACGCCGCACCCUUGGGCUGUAUAACAGCAUACAGAGCCGGCGCCAGGGCCACGUGCAGCCAAGCAAUGCCAAGCUAGGCGUGAACAGGAAAAGCCAGAGGCACUACAGGCUUUGCCAGCAGCACAACUCUCUUGACUGCCCUCCUCAGGCCUUUGUCCAGCCCAUUGCUGUGACAGCAACCUCUGAUCCCACCAACUGCCCCCGAUGCCAUAGGGUGGAGCAUGAAGCAUCCCGAAGGCUCUCUGUCCUGGAUAACACUGACUCAGAGCAGGAGGACGGAGGAGUCAGCAAAGAAGAGGGUGAGGGUAGCAGAGAGGACCAGGGCGCCUCGGCGCUGGAAAAGGAAGAAGAGGAGGUGGAAGAAGGUGGACGGCUGAAGCUCUGCAGUGAUAUGUGGCGAGAAGUGAGGAUCAAGCUUCGAGUGAUUGUGGACAGCAAGUACUUCAACCGUGGGAUCAUGAUUGCAAUCCUAGUGAACACUAUCAGCAUGGGCAUUGAGCACCAUGAGCAGCCAGAGGAAUUGACUAACAUCUUGGAGAUCAGCAACGUUGUCUUCACAAGCAUGUUUGCCCUGGAGAUGAUCCUGAAACUUGCUGCUUUUGGUCUCUUUGAUUACCUCCGCAACCCCUACAACAUCUUUGACAGUAUCAUCGUCAUCAUCAGCAUCUGGGAGAUCAUCGGCCAGGCAGAUGGGGGGCUCUCUGUGCUGAGGACUUUCCGCCUCCUGCGGGUGCUGAAGCUGGUGCGUUUCAUGCCUGCACUGCGCCGACAGCUUGUGGUGCUGAUGAAGACUAUGGACAACGUAGCCACCUUCUGCAUGCUCCUCAUGCUCUUCAUCUUUAUAUUCAGCAUUCUGGGAAUGCACAUCUUUGGUUGCAAGUUCAGCCUCAGGACAGACACAGGAGAUACAGUUCCUGACCGGAAGAAUUUUGACUCCCUGCUGUGGGCCAUUGUCACCGUCUUCCAGAUCCUAACGCAGGAGGACUGGAAUGUUGUGCUCUAUAAUGGCAUGGCCUCCACUUCACCAUGGGCAUCCCUCUACUUUGUGGCUCUCAUGACAUUUGGCAAUUACGUCCUCUUCAAUCUGCUGGUGGCUAUUCUUGUGGAAGGGUUCCAGGCUGAGGGUGAUGCCAACCGGUCAUACUCAGAUGAAGAUCAGAGUUCAUCAAACAUGGAUGAGUUAGAUCAGUUCCAAGAGGCUCAGGAAGGCUCAGAUCCCAAGCUCUGUGCAAUUCCUGUGACACCUAAUGGUCACUUGGACCCAUCCUUGUCCUCUUCCAACCCCCCAUUGGCUGCUGGGGGUGUCACCAACUCUUCACGCAAUUCCCUGCAGCCUGACCAGAUCCAUGUUGCUGUUGGCUCCCGAAAGAGCAGUGUGAUGUCCCUGGGGAGAAUGACCUACGACCAGCGAUCCUUGUCCAGCUCUCGCAGUUCCCACUAUGGUGCCUGGGGCUGCAGUGGAGCCUGGGGGAGUCGUCGUUCGAGCUGGAACAGCCUGGCCCGGGGACACAGCCUGAAGCACAAUCCUCCCUCUGCUGAGCAUGAAUCCCUCCUGUCUGGGGAAAGGCACAGGGCGGCAGAUGGGGACCCAGAUAGGACAGGAAGGGUGUUUCAUCACCGCCGGACUCUCUCCCUGGACAACAAAGGCUCCUGUGACCUGCUGGAGUUGGCCUCCGUCCCAUCUGGCCACAGAGUGACCCAUAAGCUGGGAGCGGCAUCUGGGGCUGGUGAGCAUCAAGACUGCAAUGGCAAAAUGCCCAGUAUUGCCAAAGAGAUCUUCCCAAAGAUGAACAACCGCAAGGAACGGGGAGAGGAUGAUGAAGAGAUAGAUUAUACCCUGUGCUUUCGCAUCAGGAAGAUGAUGGAAGUCUAUAAGCCAGACUGGUGUGAGUUACGGGAAGAUUGGUCCAUAUAUCUCUUCUCUCCACAAAACAGGUUUCGCCUCCUCUGCCAAACGGUCAUUGCUCACAGGCUCUUUGACUAUGUUGUGCUGGCCUUCAUCUUCCUGAACUGCAUCACCAUUGCCCUGGAGAGACCACAGAUUGAACACAGAAGUACGGAGAGAAUCUUUCUCACUGUGUCCAACUACAUUUUCACAGCAAUUUUUGUAGCUGAGAUGACACUGAAGGUAGUCUCUUUAGGCCUGUAUUUUGGGGAUCAGGCUUACCUCCGCAGCAGCUGGAACAUCUUGGAUGGCUUCUUGGUCUUCGUGUCUCUCAUUGACAUUGUGGUCUCAGUGGCCUCUGCUGGUGGAGCCAAAAUCCUGGGGGUGCUGCGAGUCCUCCGGCUGCUGCGCACUUUGCGUCCCCUCCGGGUUAUCAGCCGAGCCCCUGGCCUGAAGCUGGUGGUGGAGACGCUCAUUUCUUCCCUCAAGCCCAUAGGAAACAUUGUCCUCAUUUGCUGUGCUUUCUUCAUCAUCUUUGGCAUCCUGGGCGUGCAGCUCUUCAAAGGGAAGUUCUACCACUGCCUGGGAGUCGACAUCAGGAACAUCACCAACCGGUCCGACUGCAUGGCAGCUAACUACAAGUGGGUUCACCACAAAUAUAACUUUGACAACCUGGGACAGGCUCUGAUGUCCCUCUUUGUUCUGGCUUCCAAGGAUGGAUGGGUCAAUAUUAUGUAUAACGGACUAGAUGCUGUGGCUGUUGACCAGCAGCCUGUGACCAACAACAACCCCUGGAUGCUCCUCUACUUCAUAUCCUUCCUCCUCAUUGUCAGCUUCUUUGUGCUUAACAUGUUCGUGGGGGUGGUGGUGGAGAACUUCCACAAGUGCCGGCAGCACCAGGAGGCUGAGGAAGCACGCCGUCGGGAAGAGAAGCGCCUGCGCCGCCUGGAGAAGAAGCGAAGGAGUAAGGCACAGCCUAAGUGUUUGGUCGAGGCGCAGCGUUUGCCGUACUAUGCUACCUACUGCCCCAUACGCCUCCUUAUUCAUUCGGUCUGCACCAGCCACUAUCUGGACAUCUUCAUCACUUUCAUCAUCUGCCUCAACGUGGUCACUAUGUCCUUGGAGCACUACAACCAACCUGUGUCCCUGGAGACCGCCCUCAAGUACUGCAACUACCUGUUCACCACUGUCUUUGUCUUUGAGGCAGUCCUCAAGCUGGUGGCAUUCGGUCUGCGGAGAUUCUUCAAAGACAGGUGGAACCAGCUAGAUCUGGCCAUUGUGCUGCUAUCUGUCAUGGGCAUCACACUGGAAGAGAUUGAAAUCAAUGCUGCUCUCCCAAUUAACCCCACUAUCAUCCGGAUCAUGAGGGUGCUGCGUAUUGCACGGGUCCUGAAGCUACUGAAGAUGGCCACAGGAAUGCGAGCACUGCUGGAUACAGUUGUUCAAGCUCUGCCACAGGUGGGAAACCUUGGACUCCUUUUCAUGCUCCUCUUUUUCAUCUACGCUGCUCUAGGAGUGGAGCUCUUUGGAAAACUGGUAUGCAAUGAUGAGAACCCCUGUGAGGGCAUGAGCCGUCAUGCCACCUUUGAGAACUUCGGGAUGGCCUUCCUCACACUCUUCCAGGUGUCCACAGGUGACAACUGGAAUGGAAUCAUGAAGGAUACUUUGCGUGACUGCAGCCACGAUGACCGGAGCUGCCUCAGCAACCUGCAGUUCAUCUCCCCACUGUACUUUGUCAGCUUUGUGCUCACAGCCCAGUUUGUCCUCAUCAAUGUGGUGGUAGCUGUGCUCAUGAAACAUCUUGAUGACAGCAACAAGGAAGCCCAGGAGGACGCAGAGAUGGAUGCUGAGAUUGAGCUGGAAUUUACACAUGGGCUGUGCUCCCGCAAGUCAGGCUCCCCAAAUUCAGGACAGGGAAAAGGAGCAGGAACAGGAGGAGGCGGUGGGAAAACAGAUCCUGAAGGACGUCUGUGCAUGAGGUGUUACUCUCCAGCACAGGAGAACUUAUGGCUGGACAGUGUCUCUUUAAUUAUUAAGGACUCCUUCGACGGGGAGUUAAUGAUCAUCGAUAACCUAUCGGGCUCCGUCUUCCAUCAUUACUCCUCGCCGGCCAUGUGCGAGAAGUGUAACCAUGACAAGCAAGAGGUCCAGCUGGCCGAAAUAGAAGCAUUGUCUCUCAACUCAGACAAGUCCUCUUCCAUCCUUCUAGGAGAUGAGUCAGACAAUCGCAGCACUUCUCAGCUGAGCCCUAAGGACACCAAGCAGGAUGGCCAGGACAGCCCUGACUCCAAUGGAGUAGGCAAUGUGGGGGAAUGCCUGCUGCCAUUAUCCAGUGCAGAUGGUUCUACAAACCCAGACAGUUACCUGUGUGAAAUGGAGAAAGCUCCUUUCAACUCAGUCCAGUCUUGGCUAAAGCAUGAAAGUACCAAAGUCCCUCCCAGCCCCUUCUCUGCAGGUGCAUCUUGCCCAGUGUUACCAGUACCACCAGAAUUUUUUCACCCAGCUGUCUCUGCCAACCAAACAGGGCCUGAGAAAGUCUCAUGUACACACAACCUUCCUAAGAUCUCUCUGCAAGGAUCCUGGGCAUCACUGAGAUCUCCGAGUGUGAACUGUACACUUCUUCAUCAGGCCCCCGAGAGCGACACCUCUCUGGACAGCCGCAGCAGCAGCUCCGCAGGCAGCCUGCAGACCACGCUGGAGGACAGCCUCAACCUCAGCGACUCUCCCCAGUGCACCCUGGACCUCCCGGUGGCUUUGUGCCCCGUGCCAGCUGCCACCAGUCAAAGACCCCUGGCAGCCCCCCUCUCCCCUGCCUCCCGCCACCGGAGCCUGCGGGGCCGGGGGCUCUUCAGCCUGCGAAGCAUCUGCCGCCACCAGCGCAGCCACAGCAGCGGCGGGAGCACCAGCCCCGGCUGCACUCACCACGACUCCAUGGACCCCUCGGAUGAGGAGGGGGUGGGCAGCAGCCUGCGGGGGGGUGGCAACAACAGCGAGCCCUCGGAGACCCUCAGCAGCCUCUCGCUGACCUCCCUGUUCUCGCCCCCGCCGCCGGGGCUGACGCUGGUGAAGAAGUGCAGCAGCACCAGCAGCCUUCACGCCAGCCUCUCGCCCCGCCGUCCCGCUGCCCACCACGCCAAGCCCUUCUACACCGUUGACCCGCGGGGCUUCCUCUCAAUGCCCUCCUGGGUGACGGACUUCUGCAAGGACACCCCUUCGCCUGGAGAAGGAGAGGAGGCGGAUGGCCCCGGCAGACUGGGGACGGGGAGCCGUGGUUCUCCGCUCUCAUCUGAGCUGGAGCUGGGCGAUGGAGUCAGCAAGAGGAACAGAUGAGGGUCCCUGGGGCACAGGGAGGGAGCGUUCGGCCGCUGGUAUGGGGAAGCGUGUUUCACUGGCUUCUCACCAGCAGCAAUUCCAAAGGAUUUGCAAGAAAAAGAACCAGGCAAACAAAAAUAUAUAAAUAUAUAUAUAUACAUGAAUAUAUAUAUAUAUAGAAUAAAUACUCUGGUACCGUACCUCAGAGGCGUGGGAGAGUGCAAGCAAUACGGGAACAGUCCUGCCUGAGGGCAAGACCUGGACCAUCACCGCAGAGACUAUAGUGACAAGAAAAGGCCAUGGGGCUGGUCGGGACAGGACCCUCCAGCCAGGUGACUGCUGCGUGGCAGCUGUUUAGAUAUAUACAUAUACAUAUAUAUAGAGAUCGAUUUAUUUAUUUUUUUUACUGAGAGAUUAUGAAUUUCAGAAAGUGCUAAGGAGGAACAAGCAAAUGGGGACCGAAGGAGGUGCUAUGCCAAACAGGGAGGGUGGGGGCGAAGAGAAGGGAAGCAGCGUGGAACAGCAAGGGAAGAGCGUCUGGAGUUUGCCUUGCCUGUUUCUGGGAACUUCCUCACUGUCCAUGUUUCCAUUUCAAACAUUAAAAUCCAUGGGCCAUAUCUUCAGGUGGAGCGUAAAUUGGCAAAACGCGGUUGUGCGCUCCUGUUGGUGUAAAGCAGCAGAGCUCUGGCUUGAGGUGGGCUCACGCUGAUUUACAGCAGGUGAAAACCUGGCCCCGGCAGCAGGGAAAAGCAAACAGCCAUGGAGCACGGAAAACGUUUUGAGGUGAAAAGCCUUGCUUUGAAGGGAAUGUGUGAACACAGCGGGUAUGCUCGUGGGAGGAGGGAAUGGAGGCUAUAUGGCAUAUUUGUGUUGUUGCUUUAUUGGUUUUUGUCUUUUUCGUUUUCCAAAGAAAGAAAACUUCUAAGGGAAAAAAGAUUGCAAGCUAUGUGGGGAAAUUUGGAGCAGCGGAGGAAGGGUGGAAGGGGAUGGAGAGGUAAAAAGGGGAGAGGAAACUGAAUUUUUUCCCCCUUUCAUUUGCAGUAAUUGUGAUAUUUUAUUUUAGAAGCCCAAAGGUGCAAAAAUCAUCUCUAGAGAAACCUAUCUGUUAUUUUUGUAUCUAUAGCUAUAUAUAUAUAUUAAAAGAAGACAAAACCUAGAAUUUAAAAAA